AGUUAAUUAAUGUUUUUAUCUUUCGUAAUUUAUAAAGAUCAUCUUAAUGUUAACUAAAUGUAAAUUUUAGAAGAUUUCUAUUUUAAUAUGUCUGUUAGUAACUUAUCAACAGUGUUAAAAUCAUGUUCAGAAAGUGAAUUGAUAAGUGAAGUUACAGAAUCCAAUAUGACAUCAAAACAGGUGGAAGGAUCCCGACUUAAACGUACUUUUACCUUGCCUCGCAAUCCAUUUGGUACUACUAAACCGAGCUCUAGUAAAAAUAAAGGCAACGAUUCUGACAAUAAGCCCUCCAGUGCAAAUCCAUUGGCCACAACUAAUAAAGAAGAGGGUGGCUUAGAAAGGAAGUUAUUCAGAAGGCCAUCAUGGAAGAUAUUUUUAAACAAAAUAGCUCAGCAUAUGAGUACUGUAAAUACUACUGUUGUAAAAUCUGGUCAAGUGGUUAACAGUGACAGAGUGCCAUGUAGUGGAGAGCCGCCCUGGCCGCCUGGUACUACUCCUGCAGCUACUGGAAUAAAAAACCAUGGCAAUACUUGUUACAUGAAUGCAGUCCUUCAGUGUCUCUCUCACACAGAUGUUAUAGCAGAAUAUUUCGUACUUGAUUUUUAUAAGGUUGAUUUGCAAAAGAGGAAUAAAAUUAACUCAAAAAAGUAUGGUACACGCGGAGAGGUGACUGAGCAAUUAGCUGCGUUGCUGAAGGCAUUGUGGUCUUGUCAUUAUAUACCUGACAUGAGUGUAGCAUUUAAGGCUGCUGUUGAAAGACACGGUACUCAAUAUAGAGGAAAUAGUCAACAUGAUGCGCAAGAAUUUCUCUUUUGGCUUCUUGAUAAAGUUCAUGAAGACUUGAAUACAGCAACCAAGAAAAAAUAUAAGACUAUUAAAAAUACGAUGGGGAAGUCAGAUGAGGUAGUGGCAGCGGAAACGUUGGCUAAUCACGCACGUCGGAACAGUUCCUUUGUACAAGCAGUUUUCCAAGCCCAGUACAGGUCUGCAUUGACAUGUGCGAAAUGCGAGCGAACUUCAUGCACCUUCGAUCCGUUUCACUGCGUCAGUGUACAACUUCCGACACGACCCGCCACCGUGCAGCCUUCACCACUGCCUGUUAAUGUUGUUUAUGUAAACCAACAACCAAGGCAAGUGCGUAUCGGAGUAGAACUUGCGCCCACCGCUACAAUGGACGAGUUGAGAACUUCGUUACACGGAGACACCGGCAUUGACAGGGAGCACAUCAUACUGGCUGAGAUUAAUGAGACUGGUUGGUGUAACGCUCGCAGUGGUUGGGAAGUGGCUGGAAUUGACUUCGGAGCCCUUUACUGUAUGGAGGCCCCACCGCUCCUGCAAACACCAACUACUCCAUAUCUCCUCAUACUUUGGGUUAAUUUAUUGGAAGGCGAACGAUUUGGUUCCCCAUACGCAAUGCAAGUUCCUCGCGAGAUUUCAUAUGAAGAUCUUCAAAAGCUGAUGUUGAAGGAGAUGUGCCAAGUGGUAGCUGAACGGGUGCUGGAAACGGCCCAAGGCACUGAUAUCUUUAAGGCCAGAAUUGCCGAAGCUCAUCGGCCAAGGGACCCAGCGUAUUUGUUGCCUGAGUUGCCACACCCAUUGUUUGCGCUGGACGUGGAACAGGCGCUCUGCGCUCAUGACAAGUAUCCACAUCUGAGGCUGGAACUACUAUGGGACCCCGUACAUAGAGACAGUAUAAUACGCGAGUGGGGUGAAGCGUGUGAGGUGCACGUGUCGGCAGCAGGGGCGGCCGCUCCUUUGACGUUACACGCCUGUCUUGCUCAUUACACGAGGGCGGAACAUCUCGCCCAGGAGGAUGCUUGGAGGUGUCCUCAAUGCCAAAGAUACAUGCCGGUUGUCAAGACGCUCGGUCUAUGGUCUCUUCCUGAUAUCCUUGUUAUACAUUUGAAAAGAUUUCGACAACAGGCUAAGGGUCGGACCAGUACGAAAUUAACAACAAUGGUAGAGUUUCCCCUAAACGACUUUGAUAUGACCCCACACCUGGUCCGAAGAAAUACAACAAAUGUAGAAUCACCUGGUAACUCUCGAUCUCCAAGGCGGAGACACUCCAAGACAAUCCAAAAUCCACAAGACAACAUUUACGAUCUGUAUGCCAUAUGUUACCACCACGGAGACGACUUAGAAACGGGACAUUACACGGCAGCUUGCAAGAACCCAUACGACAAUCACUGGUACAAGUUUGACGACUCCCGAGUGACGGCCGUGGAUGAUGAAAACGCUUACAGCGAACUAGUCAACAACUCCGCUUACAUGCUCUUCUAUAGGCGAAAGAAGGCGAACGUCAUUCACUCCUGUUCCACAGAAGAUAAGGAGCAUUGGGCGCUGCGUAUGCCCAGGUACAAACCGAUCGAGACGCUCAACGAAGUAUCAGAAAUCGAUAAGAACGAAUCGGACGUAGAAGAGAAGAGCGUAGACACGUCCACGACCAGUUCACCCGCGAAGCAAGUGAUACAGUCGCCGACGCUUCAACGGCCGCUUAUAGUGGAAGGAAACGAUAGCGAUUACGAAAACGAACAUACGGAGACGUAUAUACACAAGGACGUGCACGUUAAUCCUAAAAUGACGCCCGUGGAUUUGCGAAGACCAAAAUCUGUGGAUAUCCCUUCUAGGUCCAGUGUGUCCCCGUCGAAUAAUAGAAGCUUUGAAAAUUCCCCCUUAGUCGCGAGUAUAAAUGAGGUGGAAUAUCCGACAACGGAAGACCUGAUGUUGUCUAUGUUCCAAGAGUCGAAAUAUAUUGUACCGAGGCAUCAUAUUAAUGGGGAAUCUCAUAGAACAGCAGAAAAGCCAUCUGUAUGGACAACGAGAAUAUCUACGUGAGACCAGGUGAGCGGAUUCCACUCACAAAUUAGUUUACAUUUGGCCUUAGAUCUGGUAACUUGUAGUUGACAUUGACGCCACAAUUCGCUUUAAACCAUAGAUAUAAAAUGGACUAAGAACACUUGAUACUAAGCGAUUUUUAAGUGUUCCUUACACUUAAAAGUUUAUCUUUAUGCUGUAACUGAUAAAGCUUGCAUUUGCUGGCCCACAAGGCAGCUAAGGCGUAUGUCGUAAAAUUCAGUGGUGCUAAUUCUGUAUAAUUCUCAUCUAAAAAAUCAUAAUAUUACUUCUUUUUACUAUAAGAGAUUAACGGCCUUUUAUAGCGUAGACUAAAGUUGGUUAUUGUUCUCUUUAUAUGAUAACAAAAUCGUAAUCGUUAAUCGUUUUAAAUAAAGCAUAUACAAAACUGGUAUGAAGCAGACUUUCUUCUAAUAAAUUUAUUCGAACUGUUCAGUCUAUUAUUAUAUCUAUGUAGUAAACAAGACAAUCGGCAUGUGCAACAGAAGACGCUGUACGAGGUAUUUAUAAUCAAUAAAUUAGGAUUGCCAAUAGCGAUAGUAUUUUUCUACAUCGAGGCGUUACCUAAGCAUGGCAACUCUGCACGACUGAAAAGUGAAAAAUUGUAAACUCAUUACAGAGUACGAGCUUCCUUAAGUCAUUUCAAAUAACUUGUAUUUAAAGUUUUAUCUCGAGCCUAAUAUAUUGCUUAGCUGCAUACACGGUAUCGAAUAUCAGUUGUUAUUACAAGUCGUAGUUCGUAAUCGUUUAUCUACAGCCUAUAAUGAUAUCCUUUUUUUCUUCAAAAUUCAUUUCGGAUAUUUAAAAUUUACUUUAUUAACAAAAAUAUAUUAAUGAAAUAAUUAAAUAUUGCCUAAGUUUUCUGGUCCCAGUCGAGACGUCAAUACAGUGUGUGCAGCGCAUAGAUGUAUAAUAUAAACAGCAUAAACUUGUAAUUACUUUAGGUAAUACUGUGCCUUCGUUCUAGAGAAGUUGUGAUUUUAAAUAUUUAACACCUAAAUCGAAGAUUAGACAUUGAUAAGCUAUUUGCAGAAACAAUGUAUAUACCGUGGCCUUUUAUAGUUUUGGUAUUGGAUUAUGUAAUGUAUGUGAUCUUAAAUGAAAUUGGCGAACCGCACUUGAAUCGGUACAUAAGUUAUCUGACUUGGUAUCUAGCUAUAAUUUUUUAUAUCAACAAUGCAAUGCUUAAAGGCAAUUUAAAAGUCUACAAACUUGGCCCACAAUUUGGCUAUAUAUCAUUGUUAUAACCCGUAUAAGGGCAUCCUCAUAACCUAAGCUGGUUUUACUUUAUGUUUCGAUAUACGCUAUAGUUUUCGUUUACUCGAAACUUCAAACUUCGGUAACGGUAAUGAUAUCAUCGCAUCGCUAAUUUCGUUCAAGACUACAAUUGACGAUUGGUUCAUGGUUUUGUAUAUACGAAACGCAGGUAAAUGUGUGAAAUGUGAUUUUUUAAUAUAAAUUUUAUUAAAAAUUGAUUUUUAUAAAAGACAAUCGAGUUAAGGGUAAUUGUAAUGUCUCCACUGCAAUUUAUUAUUUUGUCUACGUUUAGCUUUAUAGACAAUUUACUACACGUUAUGUAGGACGCUAUAAAGCUUAAACUAAUAUCAGUUUAACUAGUCUAACUACAAUAUUAUUGUCACUUAACAUGACUGAAGUAGUAAUGAAGGUACUAAAAAAAUCUUUUCUGUUGUACCCUCUUUCGAUAUUUUGUGUCGAUGCUAAAGUUUUUCACACAAAAAUAAUUUUUAAAUAGUAUUUAAAGUAAAUUAAAUUUAAGGAUAAUUAUUACGUAAUGUGGACGUGUAGUGACAAUCGUAUUGUUAAGACUUAAAUUUUAUAGUAACCCUGCAGCUUUAUGUUUUUUUAAACAAUCAAGAAGGCUCUCAAUUUAGUGUUAGUGAUAAACGACCAAUCAAACUCAUAUUUAUUAACUAAUAUACAGCUGUAUACUCGAAAUUAUAGGAUUUUGUAGAAGUUAAAUCUCAGGUUACCUUAUAAUGGAAAUGUACUGGACAAGAUGUUUGCAAAGUUCGUUUAGAUUGACGAACUCCAACAACUGGUUCAUCAGCUCCAUGAAUUUAAGCAGACGGUAGUACUACGUACAAUAUUUAUGAUAGGUAUGCAGUGCCUCUUUUGAUGCGGGAAACUAACACAAAUUGGUGAAAUAAUUGGACCGAACACCUUGUCCAGUAAAAUAUGAUGGUUUCCCUUUCAUACUACGGAUUAUAAAAAAAACUGUACUAAUUUUAUUAGCUACACAUAGUUAAUAAGUUAUAAUAAAAGAGUUUAAAUAAUAGUGAAAUUGUGUAUCUAAUAAAUUAUAAUAACCAAAUGGUGACAUGGUUGUCUGUUAACUUGACAAUUGACAUCUAUUAAAAUAAAUCCGUUGUGUGUGAGUGAAACGUUACUAUAUAAUAUAAGAUGUGGUCGGUUUAUCUCAAUUGUAUUAAGUUCGUUGUUUUAAUUUAAAAAUGUUUAUUUUUUAUCUUUAUCACGUUAUGUUUAAAUAAAAGUGUUAUGUGCA